CAGCAGUUGCAUCGGUGAAGAUGUUGAUUCGGAAGACUGUUACGCUGAUGAACUCUGUGAAGAUAGUACAGAGAUCAGUGAAUUUGAGGCGGACGUAGGAAAGGGCGUGGUCAUCAGUUGCCUUGGAAACCGAUUCGUGGAAGAUCAUCCUGGGUCAAAGGUCGUUUGGUCAAAGAAUGAGCAACCCAUUGAAAUGAAUGAUCGUUUUGUACUUGUCGACCUUACUGAUCUUGAAAUCAAGCGUGUAGAACCAGACGAUGAGGGUGUGUAUGUUUGCGCAAUUCUAUCAGGGGACAAGACAUUCAACCGCCACGUUGUACUGCUUAAAAUUCACUCCAAAAGUGAUGGUGGAGGCGGAGGUUCUCUGAUUAUUCCUGUUAUUAUUCCCAUCGUUAUCAUCAUUUUGAUCGCCGUCGUUGUUGUAAUACAGAGACGAUCUAGGACCAAAGCUAGUGAUGGAAAGUCUAAACCGGAGAAGAGCAAAGAGAAAAAGUCAAAGGAAUCUGAAUCAGCUGAUGAAGACGAAGAGCAAGAAGAAGAUUUUGAGCCUGAGCUGGGUCUUGGUGUACCACCUCCUCCCCCUCCACCACCAUCCAUGAAUAAUUCAAACGCAGCGAAUGAAUGGGUGGUUGCCGAAUCACCACCAUCUCAAAUACCCUCGCCACCACCUCGUACUCGAAUCUUCAGGAAUGAUCUAUUUCCAGCAGAUGACUGGACACUUGAUGAAUCACCAUCACCCCCUCCACCACCAGAAACCCCUCCUCCACCUCCACCUACCGUGGCGGCGCCUCCAAUACCAACCUUUAUACCCGCUCCACCAGUAGUUGCACCUCCUCACCCACCACAGCCGUUCACGGAUGUACCUUUUCAACAAACUGGGUCACCACUUCCACCAGGUUAUGCACCUUCUAGAAAUAAUAAUUCCAAUGCAGAAUAUGAUGGUGUGUGGACCUAUUCCUUUUCUUCUUGGCCUCCUCAUUUCCCUCCCUGAAAGCGGUUCACUUAUCUGUGGUGGUAAUUUAAACACAUGGGAAUGAUUAAAAAGCUGUACUCCUAGCGACAAAACUUUUAACCAAUCAGUAACCUCAGCUGAUGGUGGUGAUGCGUAUUCGAAAUGAAUGAAGUCAAGAGCUGCCUCAAGAUGGUGUCCAGUCUUUGGAACAUACAGUUUUUAUAGCAUUCCUCAAAUGUCUUUUCAUGUAGAAAUAUAAAUGUAGCUACUCUUUAUAUAGAUGUAUUUUGUAUGAAGUGACAUAUGGUACCCCCAAA